UCCCCCCUCCCGGCACUUCCCGUUCCCGGCCCGGCUCCCCCCGGCCCGUUUCGGUUUCGUUUCUGUGCGGGGCGGAGCCGAGCAGCGCCUGAUGGCAGAGCGGGUGCUGGAGGUGGGGGGCGUCCCCCCCGGCACGGAGGAGGAGGUGGUGGUCCUCUACUUCGAGAGCCGGCGGCACUCGGGGGGGGGCCCGGUGCAGAGCUGCCAGCGCCUCGGGCCCCUCUUCUUCCUCACCUUCGAGAGCCCCCGCGACGCCCAGAACGUCCUGGCCCGCGGCACCCACCGGCUGGGGGGGUCGGAGCUGGGGGUGCGCCCUGCCCCCCCCUGGGACCCCACCUGCCUGCUGCUGCGGGGCCUCGGCCCCCUGCCCCCCCCCGAGCUGCUGGAGCCGCACCUGGAGCCGCUGCUGGGACGCCCCCGCGGUGCCUUCGGCUUGUGCCGGGGCCCGGCACCCAGCUGGGCGCUGCUGCGCCUGCGGGACCCCAUCACCCCCCAAGAGUUCGCGGCAGCAGAGCAGCGGGUGCAGCGGCGGGGGCUGGAGGGGGUCACGCUGGCCCUGCUGCGGCUGCCGCAGACCACCAGCGUGCUGGUGCGGGCGGAGGCGCCGGGGCUGAGCCGCGACCUGCUGGAGCUCUACUUCGAGAACCGGCGCAGCGGGGGCGGCAGCGUGCAGGCGGUGCGGCUGCUGCCGGGGGGCCAGGCCGCCGUCGUCACCUUCCAGGAGCCGGCAGCGGCGGAGCGGGUGCUGCAGAGGCCCCACCGGCUGCAGGAUGUGGCGCUGGCCCUCGCCCCCCACUACCCCUUCCUGGAGUCACUGGAUGGGGACGUGGCCCCCCCGCCGGAUGCAGACCCCUCGCCGGACACGGCAACCCUGCCAGACACGGCCGCCCCACCGCGCACGGCCCCGCCGGACACAUUCCCCUCACCGGGCACGGCCCCCCUGCCAGACGCGGCCCCACCAGCCCCUGCCGGCCCCAACGCCUGCCCGGAGGUGGCAGAGCCGGCAGAGCCGCAGGCGUUGAGCCCGGUGCCGGGGGAGCCGCGGGCUGCCUUCCCGGGGGGGGACGAGCACACGGAGAGGGACGAGGACGUGGCCGGCCGGCGCCAGGAGCAGGCGGUGUUGGCGGCGUUGGCGCAGGACGAGGCGCUGGUGCCGGCAGAGCCGGGAGCGCUGCGCUACCUGCAGCGGCACUACCAGGACCUGCUGGCCAGCAUCCCCGAGGUGUCCCUGCUGCCGCUGGAGGGGGAGGACAUCGCCGGCUUGCGGGUGCGAGGGGAAACGGGCCGGUGCCGGGCCGCGGCCGAUUUCCUGCAGAGCCUGCUGGGCACCGUGGGCUCGCAGACCGUGACGCUGCGGUAUCCCGGCAUCGCCCGCUUCCUGCGGGACGAGGGUGGGCAGAGCAUCCUCCGGCAGCUGGAGAGCCGCUUCCAGUGCGUCAUCGACCUGGACGGCGUCCACUGGAGCCCCCCGGACCCCCAGCCGGAGCUGGUGGAGCUGCUCCCCCCGAGCUGCCGCCGGGGCCCCCUGCCCGCGGUGCUGCGCUCCCGGCACCCGCACCCACUCGAUGAUGCCGACGGUGCCGCCGAUGGGGACGGGCUUCACUCCCACAUAGAGGAGAUCAAGGAGCUGCUGGCGGUGCUGCGCACCGACGACGGGGAGCCCGCGUUGCAAGCCGGCGACAUCCUCGGUAACGAGCAGGGCCCCAGCGCCGAGCCCCUCACCGCAGCCGAUGGGGAGGUCACCGGGGAGACGCUGCCGGGCGAGCAGGGGGCUGGCAGGGAGGAGGAGGAGGCGCAGAUGGUGCUGGCCAUCCAGCGCUCCAUGGACAGCACGCGGCGCGAGGAAGAGGAGCUGGCACGUGCCACCGCGCUCUCCCUCCGCUCCUACCACGAGGAGCAGCGGGCAGCGCCCGGCACACGAGGGGAGGAGGAGGAGAAGGAGGAGGAGGAGGAUGAGGAAGAUGCCGGGCUCCUGGCCGCGCUGGAGGCCUCCCUGGAGGAGGCUCUGCCGGCGGCGGACGCGGCGCAGGUGACGCUGUUCUCCUCCUUCGAGCGGGACGUGGCCGCGGUGCCGCGGGAGCUGGAGCAGGCGCUGGAGGGGCGGCUGCGGGCGGAGGAGGUGGAGAGCGACUGCCUGCGGGCGCUGCCGGCUGCCUGCCGCCGCUGCCUGACCUUCCUGCAGCGCAAGCACGCCGUGCGCCUCUGCCUGCGCGACGGCACCGCCACGCUGAGCGGUUUCGCCGAGUACACCGCCGCCGCCGCCGGCGAGCUCGCCCUCCUGCUCCAGCGGCUGCCGCAGCCGGAGCGCGGCCCUCCUGCCGCCGCGUGCUGGGUGCGCUGGGACCCCUCCGGCACCGCCGUCCCCUACUCUGCCGAGGCCUCGGCGCUGCUGGAGCGGGCCUGGCUGUGCCGGGAGCGCAGGCUGGACCUGCUGCUGGACGGACGGCCCUUCACCAUCGACUUUGAGCGGAUGGAGGAGUACGACAUCGGCAACGCCUGCGCCGUGGCCAUCUCCCGCAGCCAGCCCCCGACCGAGAGCGCCCGCCGCCUGCUCGGGCUGGAGGCGCUGGGCCUGGAGGAGGAGGUGAGGCUGAUGCCGCUGGCCGAGGAUUCGGAGGAGUUCUGCGACACCGUGCGCCAUUUCUAUGAGACGCUGGAGGAGCUGCACGGCAAGAUCAGCAUCGUCAAGGUGGAGAAGCUGAUCCACCCGCUGCUGUACAAGCAGUACCAGCUGAAGAAGGCCAGCAUGGAGAAGGCCUGUGCCGGCGGCGCGGUGGAGCAGAUCCUCUUCCACGGCACCACCGAGAUCUCCAGCCGCGAGAUCUGCUUGCACGGCUUCAACCGCAGCUUCUGCGGCAAGAACGCCGCUCUCUACGGGCUCGGCGUGUACUUCGCGGUGCAGGCGGCGGUCUCGGUGCAGGAGCAGUACUCGCCGUGCAGCGCCGACGGCAGCAAGUACGUCUUCGUGGCCAAGGUGCUGACCGGGCAGUACGCGGUGGGGGCACAGGGGCUGCGGGCCCCCCCGCUGCGGGAGGGGGCCGGGGCCCCCCUGCGGUACGACAGCGUGGUGGACAACCCCCUCCAGCCCGCUAUCUUCGUCAUCUUCAACGACACCCAGGCCUACCCCCAGUACCUCAUCACCUGCCGCCGCCGCGGGGGCCCCCCCUGAGCCCCCCGGCACCCACCGACCCAGCGUACCGGCCCUGCCUGGGGGGGCACGGGGGUCCCUGCCCCGGGGGUGCGGGGGUGCCCCCACCCUGCCCAGGACGGGAUAUUGGGGGCUGGGGGGUCCCUGCCCCAGGGGCUCGAGUGGGGGGGUUCCCCCCCGGGGACACUCCUCCAGCCCUGGGGGGUGCGGGAGGACUCG